AUGUCCGCUGAAGCUGCCGCCGUCGAUGUCCCAGAGGCUCCAGUUGCUGCCACCGCUCCAAUCAUGUACAAGUUGGUAUCGGAGGAUAAACAAGAAUUUACAAUCAGUGCGAAAGCAGCAAAAAAAUCGAUUGUGCUCAACGAUGUGAUUUCUAGGCGUGCUCCUGAGGAUAGUGCGCCAAUGGCUCCAAUUCCAGUUGAAAAGGUCACCGGAGACAUCCUGAACAUGGUCAUCAAGUGGUGUGAGCAACGCAAAGAAGACGAGCUUCCAGUUGAUGAUGGCAGUAUUCCAAAGAAAAUCGAUGUUCCCCAAUGGGAUGCCGACUUCUAGUAUUCCAAAGAAAAUCGAUGUUCCCCAAUGGGAUGCCGACUUCUUGAAAAUCAGCAGCGAUGUGCUCUUCGACUUGAUUGUUGCCUGCAACGAACUUGAUGUGCCUGGAUUGAUGAAUUAUGGAUGCAAGAUGGUUGCCGACAUGGCUGCCGGAAAGUCUCCUGAAGAUAUGAGAACCAUCUAUGGAAUUCCAACCGAUAAACAGGAUGCUGAUGCAGCUGAGAAAGCUGCAAAGGAGGAAGCUGAGAAGAAUGCUACAGCGCAGAGGGACGAAGCUGGACCAUCUGCCUCCUAA